CUAGUCCAGUUUGCACAAACGGAAGAGCAAAUAUACGAAGAGAAUAAACAUAUAACUUAUUCGAGACCCCCGCGGAAUCGAUAAGUCUGCCAGUCGAUCUCUCGUUUACUCGCUGUUUAUUCGUAUUCUUAUCAUUUAAAUUUUCUCGCGUAAGCACAAAAUCGCGUUUAGUUUUUCGCGUUUCAAUUGCUUUGAAUUUGUAAAACCGAUUAGCCAUCAGAUUAUACAACCGUUGUUUUUUUUUUGUCUAACAAUUGAUGAAACACGAUCGAUCUGUGAACGGAAUCGUGUGUUAUGUUUUAAUACUGACUAGGCAACGUGGAUAAAAUCGUGUGACGCUGAUCAUCUCGCUUUUAUCUGAUAUCUACUAAAUAGAUUGCUUCCCGUCAUGAUCGGCGAUCAGCAGUGACAGAUGCUGUGAUAAAAUACAUUAAAUUUGAAAAUGAUUGCGUCGAGAUCAAUUGAAUUUCAGCGCGACACGAUUGCUCGGCGAAGAAUGUCUCGCAAGUUCAAUAUUUCCUUGAUCUUAAGUUUGAUCAUCUUUGUAUGGACAAUAGUGAUGAUGUUCGACCUCGUGUGGGGUCAGUUGAUCAGACCGAAUUACGUGUACGAGGGUCUGAUCAGAGAUAUUCGCACCUACUUCAAUAGUACGUGCAUCAUACUCCUGCAUUCUGAAUCGAAUCCUAUCGAGACACAGGGACUUACGGAAGUCGAUCGCUUGCUGCAUCUUCAAAAGUACCUGAGCUUGACUCUUCACAUACGUACUGCACUCAUGGAUUUUAAUAUGUUCACAACGCAAGUUGGGGAAAGUUAUCAUGGCAUCAAGAGGCCUUUGUUCGUUUUAUUAAAUGACAAUGAAGAUACAAGGAACAAUUUUGUAAAUCAGGUCUCUACGUGGAUUACGAUGUCUUAUCCUACUUGGCUGGUCUUCUUCGAUAACGAGAACAACUUGACAGACUUCUUCUGCGACGUUUACAUACCAUUUGAUUCUAAGUUUAUGGUGGCUCAAAGCAUCAUCAACGAAACGGGCAAGGAGAUCAUCACUGAAGUUUAUCAAGUUUAUAAAGAUAAAGAACUGAGAUCGAAUCGGUUCGGCAUAUGGGAUGCGGAGGGAGGUCUGAAAGGGCCUCCACACGGCUUGUAUUUACGAAGGAAUGAUCUUUUCGGCCAUAACUUACGUGUUGCUUCGCUCCAAGAUCCGCCUGUCAGUCUGUUUCGUCGUAACGAAAAGAAUGAAGUAAUAGGAGUUUAUGGCUUUUUUGGGGAAAUAAUUUUAUUAUUACAGGAAGAAUUGAAUUGCACAUUCACAUACAAGGAAGCUGGAUCGUGGGGUGUGUGUCAACCAAAUGGCUCGUGCACGGGGGCAAUCGGGAUGUUGAAGAACGAUGAAGUUGACUUUGCGGCGACGGAGUUCAUGAUGACUAAGCAGAGAUUAAACUUCGUCACUUUUACAACACCCAUUUUCUCGACAAAAGUCCGUCCAUACGUUAAGAGACCAAAGUCGACGAGUAUAAUUAAAUGGGAUGCUUACGUAGCACCCUUUUCUGCGAAUAUUUGGAAGAUCAUCGGUCUUUUCAUAAUAAUCAUAAGCGCGUCGAUUAUGCUUAUUCAAAAAUUUUUUGCAUCCGUACAUUUGCACGAUGAUGACUCACCAUCAAGAUUUACAGAGAUUUUAUUUUUUAUCACAGGAGCAUUCUGCGGUCAAGGUAUGCAACAAUCUACGCUGGAUCCUGUAAGAAUGGUGCAUUUAGUAACUUAUUUAACGGCGGUCAUAAUCUUAGCCGCGUAUUCUGCCGCCUUGAUUAGCUUUCUUACUGUCAACACAUUUAUCAUGCCUUUCACGACUAUGGAGGGGCUCUUGAAAGAUGGAUCCUUCCGUUGCGGCGUGAUUGGCAAUUCGGCCUACUAUGCCUUUCUUCAGCGCACGACAGACAAAGUAAUGAGCCAAGUGUUUCAUAAGCUAAUAAAGAAAGAAAAAAAAUUGCCAACAAGUUACUUGGAAGGUAUCGAACUCAUUUGCAGAGAGGAUAAAUAUGCUUUUGUUGCACUCGAUAAUAUGGCAGCGUUGCUGCAACAGAAUGUCGAUUGCAAAUUAGAGCCAUUGGAUAUUAUCACGCCUGCUACUAUAGCGAUGGCCCUACAACGCAACAGCCCGUUUCGCGGGAUUAUUAAUACACAUAUCUUGUUGCUGAGAGAUAGUGGGAUCUUGCAGCGUUUAUUGGAAACGCAAUGGUCGGUCCAGUUAGGCGCAGUGAGUAUUACAAUAGUAAUGAAAUAUAUUUUGCAGAAUAUUAUUAAUUACACUUGUAACACAAAAGGCUUGAUAUAGUGUACACUUAUGUCUUUGAUCUAAUACGCUCAUCACUGAUUGCAGUCGACGUCAUCGUGGAAAUCGGUCGAGAUUGGUGAUAUAAUGCCAUUAUUGUUUCUCAUAACUAUCGCUUCGUUCAUCAGUUGUCUUAUUUAUAUUAUAGAACGCGUCACCUACAAAAUUUAUCAAGCAAAUCAAGUUAAAUCGCAGCAAAUUAAAUCGCAUCAAAUUAAAUCGCAGCAAAUUAAAUCGCAGCAA